AGUCAAUACAAAGCAAACAAGCGAAUGAAGUGCAACAAGUCAGCACAGUGCGACCGCAGAUCGAAUUGAGAAUCGAUAAAUACGAAAUUAUUAAUUAUUUUUACCUACGCAGAUAUUUAUCUCUAAAUAAUCGUAUGCAUUUAGCCAUAUAUAAAUUUGUAUCACAAUUUUUUGUAUACGAGUUGUGUUUCAUCUGCUCUCAAGAGUGUUUCCCGCUUAUUUUAUCAAAAGUAAAGUGCACAACGACACAUCAUAAAAAAAAUAACAACAAUAACAAACAAAACGAAUGUCACAAGUGUAAAUGCGCCCAAAAAUAACACUCAUAUCGAAAAUAUCGCACAAAGAAUAGCCGAUUUAUGUUUAAUGACUUUGAUUGUACCAAAAUAGGUUCAUAAUUUUAUCUAAUAACUGUGCAGUUACAAAAAAAAAUUGACAGUUGAGUAGUGUGCGAACUCGCCACAACAAAGUUAUUUGGUAUAAAUUUGUCGUGUACUUUUUUCCCGCCAGGUCUAUUUGAAAGUAUAAUUUAACGUAAAAAUUAACGUGUUCUCAUUAAAUUAUUAUUAAAUUUUUAAACGAAUCAAAGGGCAGUGUGAACCGGAAAUCGAAAAAAUAUCAAAAAAAAUAAAUAAAUAAAUCGAAUAUAACGACAAGUCAAAGGCAGCCGGAACUUCGAAACCACGGAUAAAUUUUUUACUGACACAAUUUGCCUUGACAAAUUGAAAAUGAAGAACAGUACGUUGGAUAAAAUCUGUAGCUUCCUCGGCGAGCUCAUCGGCACUGGACUGCUGGUCUUUCUCGGCUGUAUGGGUUGCGUAAAGAAUGCUGCCUACGAAAAUAAUCACUACCAAAUGACUUUUAACUUCGGUUUGGUCGUCUUGGUGAUAAUCCAAUGUUUCGGCUGUGUCUCCGGUGCACAUCUGAAUCCGGCCGUAACAUUGGCUGCCUACAUUUACAAUUUGGUUUCCUUGCCAAUGGCUGCUAUCUAUUUUGUCGGACAAAUGUUGGGCGGUUUCAUUGGUUACGGUCUGCUGAAGGCGCUCAUACCCCGGAAUGCCGUCGAAUUGGAGGGGCCACACAAUCUCUGCGUGACCACUGUGCAUGGCGACAUUGACGCCUGGCAGGGCUGUGCUAUUGAGUUUAUCAUUACCGGUGUGCUGAUUUUCACUUGUUGCGGUGUCUGGGAUCCACGUAACGCCAAAUUCCAUGACUCAGUGCCAAUACGUUUCGGUAUGGCCAUCGCUUGUCUUGCCAUCACAGCGGGUCAAUUCACUGGCGCCAGCAUGAAUCCAGCUAGAUCUUUCGCUCCUGCUUUGUGGAACUCAGACUUUCAGGAUCACUGGAUAUACUGGGUUGGUCCACUGGCCGGCUCAGCGGUGUGUGCUAUCGUCUAUAAGGUGAUCUUCAGACGCGAAGUUGCUGAGGAGAAGGUCAACAACAAAUUGCGCGCCAUGGAGGAGGUGCCACUCUCAUAAGCCACACCCUCCCUCACUUAGCGUACGAAAUUUAUCACUCGAAAUACCAAAGAGCGAUUCAAAAGAAGCAAAUCGACAUCCUCGCGGAUGUUGCAGAACAAUACGAACUUCCUGAGUUGGAAAUGUUUUAAUUUUUUGUUUUAGAAUAUUUAUCUACUUAAGAAGUGCAUUUAGUAAGUCUGCAAAGCAGAUGAAUUUUAUAUAUUUUAGUUUUUGUAAAUGCCUACAAAACCAAUUCGAAACAUAUUUGUAAGCUAUGCAUUUGCCACCAGUGGUCGAAAUUUUCAAGAGCUGAGUCGAAAAGGUUCAAGACAGUACGAUUUAUAUAUUAUGCCGUUUGUUAGAAAAAUUGUUGUAAAUAUAUAUGUAUAUAUGGAAAGUUAUAAAAUUACUAAAUAAAUAAACUAAUACGAUCAAAACUUA